AUGACUCAGGCCCUGGCCCUGGCUGCGCUUCCCCCGGAGCUCUGGGCGCAUGUCCUCUCCUACCUCCCACUUGACGACGACGACGAGGCGUGGGAGCCCACAGCGGGCGGGGCGGGCGGCCGGGUAGAAAUUGAGGGCGACGAAGACGGGGACGCGGAUCCGCCACUGAAAGCCGAGGAGGGGGUUGGUGAGGCGAUGGCGCUCCUGUCAUACGCCCUCGUCAACCGCGCCUUCCGCGAACUCACGGCACGAAUCGCGCUUAUACGAAGCGGGUACGGGCGGCUGCUCCAACUUGAACGCGACUUCCCGCUCAAAGACACCGACACGGAACUCGUGCUGUCGCCUGGCGCGCUGAGCAGCUUGGCGCACCACCUGCCCGCGUCGUUCGCAGCGACGGGCAACACCCUGACUAGGCUGGCGUGCACGGUGGGCCCGCGCGGGGAGGCCAUCCGGCAGACGCGCGCAAUUGGGGAGGCGGCGCUGCUGCUUCCGGUAUUGGAAAGACUUGACCUCGCGUUUGAAGUGGACCCAUUUCUGGCACCCGCGGGGUCGGGGGAGGGAAGCCAAAGCAUCCGGCGAACGAUACUGGACAGUGUAUGCACAACACUCGCGCGGCUGGCUGGGCGCAGCGCUGGGGGGACGGCACCGGUGUUCAUUGUGUUUGCGGGGGAGAUAUUCAGCUGUCGGGCGGGGGAUAUACGGCUGUGGAGGCUGGACAGGUUCCGGUACCAUGAGUCACCUGGCUGGCGACCGUCCCUUGCACGGAGGAGGAAACGGGCCUUGAAUGAUGAAUAUCCUACAGACUACUGCAACGCGCGGUACCAUACCGGCUCGCGUGGCUCCCUCCCGACGCUGCGCCAACUUGAUUCGCUUUCGCUCCAACUCAUUCCAGCGUCCCAUCACAGCUUUGUUUCCUCCGGCAAGUCGGGAUCUGAUGCCUUCAGCAUCCUCACAUUCAACGCGUCUGACAUGACCUACCUCCGGCUCGGCCGGUACCAUUCUGGCGCGCACCCUUCUAUAUUCCCCCGCCUCAGGCGCCUACUGCCAUGCCUCGUUCUCCCCGAACUGCGGGCGCUCUGCAUCUACGACGAAUUCAUCCCGCCCGCCGCCCUGCGCGCCUUCCUCGUCGCACAGAUAAAACUCGAGCUGCUCGACUACCACGCCCCGAUCAAGGCCUUACUCUCCCCCCGGCCCGCCGAGCGCCGGCCGGACCCGGCCCGUCCUCUUCUCUCCGCCCCGCUCGCGCACCCGACCCUCAACUCCGUCCGGCUGUGCACGACCCACUUCCGGACGAGCGCGGGCCACAUCCUCCCGCAGCUCGUCGCCGGCCCGCGCCUCACCUUCGUCGAGCUGCUGUUCAGCGCCACGACCCUCGGCGCGCGGGCGGGCACGAUGAUCGCCGACCUGCAGGCGCUGGCGGGCCGGGACCCCGCGCUCCCCCGCGUCACGCUGAACCUCGUCGACUCGGCGCCGUCCGGCUGGGACCUCUCCGGCCGUCUCGGCGCACUCCGCCGGCGUCUGCAGCUGCCCCGCCGGCCCGCUGCGCCGCGCUGCUGGGCCGAGACCCCCGGCGCGCUCGCCGUCGCGCCCGCGCUGCAGUGCGUGCACACCGUGUGGGUCGCGCCGCUCUCAUACGCAGCCGCGACGCGCAUCCUCCCGUUCCUCGCGCGCCUCCCUGCGCUCGCGCACGUGUCGGUCGGGUUCACCGUCAAGCAUCUCGACCCGUGGGAGCACCGGCAAGACGGGCGGCCGUGGGCCGUGCUGCCGGGCCGGCGCCGGAAGAAGACACGCGCGGCGGUCGAAAGAGCGGUGGAGCGGUAUGUGUACGAGGUCGUUCGGAAGGGCCUGCCGAACGUGCCGUCGGUCGUGCAUGUCGUGUGGGACUGA